AUGGCCUUUGCUCGCAGAUUAGCCAUUCUCCCUGGAGGUCUAGGCGGCCUCGGCUCCAGCAUCGGCAAGCGUCUCCGCGAACAAGGAGCCCGACUGGCAAUUCUCUACGCGCCAUUCGAAGCUUCUCGUCGAGACCAGCUGCUCGAGGAAGGCUACGGGGCCACGCACAGCAAAGAUGAAAUCCGCACGUAUGAAUGCGACAUCACGUCGUCGGAGUCCGUGCAGUCGGCGUUCGGCACGCUAGAGACGGAAAUGGUCUCUCCUUCUUCAUCCUCUGUGUCGGAUCGCGUCUUCCCGAGCAUCCUGGUCAACACAGCGGGAUAUGUCUCUCUCAGCGACAUGGAGACUACGCCGCCUGAAGAGACCAUGAAGCAUCUUACUACCAACGUACUGGGGCCGAUGUUGUGCUCUCAGGCUUUCGCGCGAUUGUAUUUCGGCGCCUCCAAAGCCGCAAAGUCCUCGACUAGCCCGCCGGCUCCGGGGCGCAUCGUGAACAUCGCAUCCCAGGCGGCGCAUAUCGCAUUGCACCGACACGGCGCGUACUGUGCGUCGAAAGCGGCACUGUUGGGUUUGACUCGCAGCAUGGCCUCCGAGUGGGGAGGUCGUGGCAUCACGGCGAACAGUGUCUCGCCUACGGUGGCGUGGACGGCAUUAGGGAAGAAAGCCUGGGGCGAGGACUCGGUCCGGGAGGCGUUUCUGAAGAAUAUACCGACGGGGAAGUUCGCUUUGCCUGAGGAGGUUGCGGAUGCGGCGGUUUUCUUGUGUCAGAAUUCGAGUGGGAUGAUCAAUGGGGCGGAUAUUCGUGUCGAUGGGGGGUAUACUAUUCGGUGA